CAGGACUGAGUCCCACCGUGCAAGCUCGGAAAACCACAGCGACUGUGGUCAGUUAGUCAUUGCCCACCUCGGUGCCAUGCUCCUCGUGCCCCGUGCGCUCACCGCCGCCUUGACCGUCGCGGCCGCCGCCGGCUUUGCCAUCGAUGCGUCGGGCUACCCGCGCUACUGCGCCAAGGACAUGUCGGAGUUUGCGAUCCAGCCCGUGGCGGACCCGCAGGCGUCGAGCAUGAAGCUCGUGCACGUGCAGAUCAUGGUGCGCCACGGCGCGCGCACGCCGUACAGCGGCGCCAAGUGCUGGACCGACUACAAGGAGGUGUGGAACUGCAACCUGCGCGACCAAGUGGCGCCAAUCUUGCACGCGUCACGCAGCGUGCCGUCGUCCUUGACCUUUGACAAGAUCUACGUCGACGGCGCCAACGUCUUUCGUGGCAACUGCCUCCUCGGGCAGCUCAUCGACGAAGGCUACACGCAGCAGCAGCAGAACGGCGCGUACUUUCGCAAGGCGUACGUGGGCCAGGGCCCACUCGCGCUCUUCCAAGCCGACGAAGCCAUCGAUCUCACCAACACCGCAGAUGUGUACUUUGAGAGCACGGACCUCGACCGGACGCUUGGGUCGGGCCAGAUUGUCGUCCAAAACAUGUUUGCAGCGAGCGAGCGUGUCGUUGUGCCGUGGCACACGAGCGACAUGGCCGUCUCGCACUGGAUCCCCAACCCGACGACGUGCCCGGCGCUCACUGCGCUGAGCAAGGCGUGGGCAGCGUCGCCCGAGGCCGCUGCGUGGAACACCAACCGCACCAACAAGGCGAUCCGGGCACAGCUGCAGGCGACGAUUCCUGGCUUCAACGACGACCUCGGCUUUGACUGCCUCCUCACGCAGCGCUGCAACGACAAGCGUCUGCCGGGCCAAAUGAACAGCACCUUUUUUCUGCAGGCAGCCACUCGCGCCGAGACCACCGCGCUGCUCCCGUACUUUUACAAGAACAACAUUUACGCCAAGACGGGCAGCGCCCAGUUUGUCGCGCUCAUCCGCGCCCGUCUUGAAGCUGCACUGGCGGGCCGCGGCCCACGGUUUGUGCUCUCGGCGGUGCACGACUCGACGCUCAUGCCGCUGCUCGCCGCGCUCGGUGGCGACGUGUACCUCACCGAGUGGGUUCCGUACGCAAGCCACGUGACGCUCGAGCUCUACGCGCGCGAUGGCGGCAGCUUCUUCUUCCGCCUCACGUACCUCGGCAAGCCGCUGCCGGUGCCCCACUGCACGUCAGAGCUCUGCCCAAUCGAGACGUUCUUAAACAUGACGGCCUUUGCGACGGACGACGCCAUCUGCGGCCCCAACGGCACCUUGUCGUGGCCUACCGGCUUGACAAAUGGCUCGGUGACAGAAGCAAAGAUCGAAGAAAGCAGUGCCACCUCACUGACGAAUGCAGCCUCGGGCUAUUCGGUGACGUCAAUGGCGAUCGUCGGCGUCGGCGGCUGCCUCGUUGGCGCUGUCAUUGGGUACUUUGUGUCGCGGCAGCAAGCACCGAACAAUGUCUACAGCGCGGUCUAAGUCAAUAUGAAUACGCAGAUCGGUUGAUCAUAUGCUUAUCCAUGACGACAAAAUGGAUCAUAAUGUCUGUAAUGUACUACGAUGCAUGCAAUCUUCAUCUUUC